UUAUUUCUUUACCUUUGUUUCAAACUUAAAAACCAAGAAAAUUAUGGCUCCACCCACUGUAGAAGAACAUACGACAGUACUUCGGUUUCUUAUUCACAACGGCUACCGAAGCACGGCUGAAACCUUCAAGCGAGAAGCAGCUAGUUUCUUAGACUAUACAAAUUCUACACAACCAUCGAUUAACGAGGAACAGCUUACACAAGACCUUGCACGUCUAACAGUCGGAAGAACCCCUGAACUCGAAGAAGGGGAUGAAAACUACUUUAAUACGCCUUGCUUCUCAUUCGACUCUAUUCAUCAUGACAACAUUUUAGCCGCAAUUAUCGUACCUGAUGAUUCAGGCACUCUAAUCAGUAGCUCGACCAACAAAACUGUCGUAGUAUCACCAAAUAUAUUACUCGGCAACAAAGACUUAUCAAUUCCUCCUCGCUCAUACAAACACCAUACCGCUCCAGUAUUGAGCAUCGACACACAUCCUCUUUACCCAAAUGUCAUGUUAACAACAUCGAUGGACGGCACAAUUGCAUUGGUUAACACAUCAGAGCCUCUGGAUGUACUUGAUCCCGAAAGUUCCGGUCUACUCCAGCAGUUUAAAGAUCACACGAAAUAUGUUGUGAGAGGUAUAUUUUCUCCCGAGCACGGGAAGUACAUCGCGACUGCUUCUUACGACAAGUAUGUCUGUAUCUACGACUCUGAUCCGGAUUCUGCUGAUCAAGUCAGAAUCGCAACUACCACCAAUGCUUCUAAUGGCUCUCUUCCAAAAUACACACUUAUCAAAAAAUUGGGUCCAUUUGUUGGCAAUGUAGAAACAAUUUGCUUCCUUGAGCCGGAUGUACUGGUGGUAGGUGUACGUGAUGACAAUUACCUUCACUAUAUCCAUCUCCCGGAUUUUAGCCGUGAAAAAUACAACAUGAAUGCAAAUGGCGACAACUGGGUGUCUUUCUCACCUGCCUGGAUCUCAGCAUCGCCAGAUCGACGCUUCUUGCUGUGCUCUACUGACCAUGAAAGUGGAAGAAUUAUCUUGUUCGGGGCCCAUCAAUCAAGACAGGUACAAAACUAUUAUGAUUCGCCAUCAGACAACAAGUUUACCACCCGCCGACAUGCCUGGCACUCAAGUGGAAAGUAUUUCUAUACUGUCGGAGGAGAUGAUAAUAAUGUCCGUGUGGUGGAAACAAAGACUGGUAUUGUUGCCGAAGCCCUGAAAUCUCACAAGAAGAUGAUCAAAAGUAUCUCUGUAGUUCCUAAACAAGGUGUUGUAACAGCUGGAUUUGAUCAUUUGGUCAACGUCUGGUCCACACCCUUACUUCACAGUGCAACCAAAGAUGCUGCUCGAUAAAAGUACAGUGUUAUAUCUUCUUGGUCUGUCUGUCUGUCUGUCUGUUUUUUGUUUGUUUGUUUGAGAUGUAAAUACUUGCAUAUAUGCAUGUACACAGCAAGUAGUGUUUAAGACAUACACUCUGGCAUGAUAAAAAAACAUAGUCACUUCUCCAGAAACACACCGCUCUUUUGACCACACAUUAUUUGCCUGUUCUUUUUACAUAAUAUUUCCCUACAGCUAAAUCACUCGUGCCACCAAAUAAAUAAAUAAAUAAAUAAAGAGAACCUAAGGUCUAUCUCC